AUGUCUGAACGCAAAGUGCUCCAGAAGUACUACCCCCCGGAUUUCGAUCCCUCCGCCCUCACGCGUAAGCGCGGUCCCAAGCAGACCGGCCCUAAGGUCCAGACCGUCCGCAUCAUGGCGCCCUUUUCGAUGAAGUGCACGACGUGCGGAGAAUACAUCUACAAGGGCCGCAAAUUCAACUCCAGAAAGGAGACGAACCAAGCAGAGCGAUAUCUCAACAUCCAGAUUCACCGCUUUUACCUGAAGUGCACGCGGUGCUCGGCGGAAAUCAUCAUCAGGACCGACCCCAAGAUCGCCGACUACGCCGUAAUCAAGGGCGCGAUACGGAACAUGGAACCCUGGCGCAACAAGGAGGGCGAGAAGGAGAGCGUCGACGAGAGGCUGGACCGGUUGGAGCGCGAGGAGGCUGAAGCCGCGGGCGAGGAGGAGAAGAACGCGAUGGCGGACCUGGAAGCCAAGAACGAGGACGCGAGGCUGGAGAUGGCUGCCGCGGACGCGCUCGACGAGAUCCGCCAGCGCAACGCGCGCAUCCAGCGGUCUGAAAAGGAUGGCGUGGAUUUCUCCGAGUACGUCGUCAGGCCCGAGGACGAGGAGAGGGCGAGGCAAGAGAAGGAGGACGAGGAGGCUGCGCGGAAGGCUUUCGCCGCUGCGAGGGAGAGGCUUGGAGAGGAGAUUAUCGACGACGAUGAGUUUGACGGAGGGGUCAUUGGUGGACCAUCAGCAACCACAUCCUCCUCAUUAUUGGCGGUGGCAGCGUCAUCCUCAAUGUCAGGGGAAAAGUCGGAGACUGCUGCACCGGCGGGGACCGUGAGGGAUACUUCAAUGAUGCCGCCGCCGCCGCCUCCCGCCAAACGCGUGGUGAAGAAGAAGAAGGAUUACUCUGCGGCGCUUGGCAUCAAAAAGAAGCCUUCACUGGUCUGA